AUGGCGAUUUUCUCUAAAACCAGAUGUGUCACUGACCCACUAGACGAUGAGGCCAAGGCUCGGAUCUUCAGCAGCCACGGCUCCCCACUAGACCAAGACUCUCCUGAAAUCUGCGAACUCGAGUUUCUCGAUGAUGGUCUCGAAGACAGAUCACAGACAUUCUACGAAUCUGACUCCGACUUGUCGGAUAAUUCUGCAAUGGAACGUUCCCGUGAAGCUAGUGAGAAACUCUUGAGGAUGGCCGUGAGCUUUGCCGACUAUGAUCCUUAUCGUAACACAUUGCUGGCUCAUGUUUUGAGAGCAGUGGAAGCUUAUUCCGGUUUUAGAUCCGGUCGGAAACAUGUUUUUAGGGAGAAGGUAGCAUCAUUGCUACGAGAGCUCGGCCACAAUGCUGCCGUUUGCGGUUCGAGAUGGAACUCAUCAGCUAAACUCACCGCCGGGAGUCACGACUUCAUUGACGUCGUUUACAAGCCAGCUGGUGAUCGGACAUCCGUUCGUUACUUUGUUGAUGUAGACUUUGCUUCCGAGUUCGAGAUCGCGAGGCCGACAAGCCAAUACGCGCGUGUGUUGCAGUUGCUGCCUCGUGUCUUUGUAGGAAAAGAAGAGAAUCUUAGGACGAUUGUGAGAGAGUCUUGCGACGCGGCGAAGAGGUCGUUGAAGAGCUGUGGCUUGUCUCUCCCGCCAUGGAGGAGAUUCUCUUACUUGCAACACAAGUGGUUUGGUCCGUGCACAAGAAGGGUUGGAUCUGGCUUGGAAGUGUCACCGUUGAAUAAAGACGCCGUUAGCUGUCGCUCUGUGGGGUUUGAUGAUGCCGUCAACACCCGUUUGUUCAUCAGGACGUGA